CAAACACAAAAAAUACGUCUUAAAUCUAACCUAAGACAAUAAAGUUUCUAUCCUAAUACUAAUUUGUGUGUCAAGACAACAUAUUUCUUUCUUAUAAUAGUGUUUAUCUGUGGCAUAUUAUAGAGAAGAAUUAAAUAUUGUUUACGAUAUUGUUUAUUGUUUAAUAUAGGAAAAUAUUACCGAACUGAGGUUUACCAUCAAGUAUCAAUAUAAUUUUUUACAAUCUUUUGGAGUACAGUCAAUUUUGUCCUUUGACUAUGAUUCAAUUCAAGUUUGCAAUUAGUGCCUAAGUUUGAGUAGGCUAUUGCUUAUUUACUCCAGUUAGACAUCUAAACAUAGUAUUGUAGGAAGAUUAAAUUUUGCCAUGGCUUUUGUAAGCUUGCUAAUUAAACGCAUUGGAGGUAUAAUACCAAAGCCUUCAAUAAUUUCCACUCAAUUUGCACAAAGUGGAACUUCAGCCAAAGAUUUUAAUAGUGAGCAUGAAGACGUCGAAAGCUGCAAUGAGGAUUCUCCUGUUCCAGAUAUGGAAAACCCUUUCCAGAAGGAGAGAAGGUUAUGUAUAUUGUGUAAGAUGAAUAUAACUCCUGAUUACAAGAAUCCGAAACUUCUCUCCCAGUUCGUAUCUAUGUAUACUGGAAAGAUUUAUGGCCGACAUAUCACAGGACUUUGUAAAGUACGCCAAGCACAAGUUGAAAAGGAAAUAGAAAAGUCACAGAAUGCAGGACUGAUGCCAUACUACCUGAAGGAUCCAGCCUUUAUGCAAGACCCUCAGCUAUUCAACCCUGAUACACCAUUUAGAAACCAUCCUUACUGAAACAACAGUACUCUUAUUAGUAGAAUAAAUCACGUAUUUUUGUUCCAAA